GGAUGAGCCGUGUGUUUUCUUUUCUCCUGAGUUCCAUUUGCAUUCGCACCAGAGCGGACGCACACACAUGUACCGCAGCAAAACGGCCAAAUCAUGCACGUCGACUGGCCGCAGGCGAGCCUUCCUGAGAAAACAGAUACUGUCAGAGGCAGAUACACUUGCGGUGGCAACUGCCAACUCCAAACGGGUCUUGAGGGAGACGGGGUUGCGGACAAAGAGCCGACUGACUCGCAGUGGAGGUCGACCUGUGGCACCCGGCGCCGAGCAGCAGGCAGAGCCAAUGCAUGCUGUUCACCGGUGGAAAAUCGAUGGCUGGAAAGCAAGAGGAUGUGAUGAGCAGUAAAUUACAUGACUGAAGUGGACACCUCAGUAGCCCACAGUGAGAAUAAGCCUGUGUCUGGAGGAGAAAGUGAUGGACUGUGGAUAGAAACUGGGGUCAGGACUUGGUCACUGAAGUGGAGCCUCUAUAGCCUGUCCUUGACUGAAGGAGUUAAACAUACACCCGUUGCCUUCUGGUUAGGAGCAGUGUUCGUGUCUCAGCAGACAGCAGACACGGUGCUGCGUCGCCUCCGCAGGUACAACAGCGGCUUUUUUGAAGAAGUACAUAAAGCCAACCUGGAGCGGGAGUGUAAAGAAGAAACCUGCACGAUGGAGGAGGCCAGGGAGGUGUUCGAGGAUAUUGACAAAACUAUGGCAUUCUGGUCCGUCUACAUUGAUGGUGACCAGUGUCAGCCACCCCCCUGCCAAAAUGGAGGUGUGUGUGAUGACGGAAUCAGCACGUAUACCUGUUACUGCCAAGAAAACUUCAACGGCAAGAACUGUGAAAUCGAGAUGAACAAGCAGUGUUUUGUCAACAACGGUGGAUGUUCCCAUUUCUGUUUCAUGACGGCAGACAGACCCGUGUGUAAGUGUGCAACUGGUUACAAACUCGGGCCAAACAAGAGGAGCUGUGAACCAACAGAACAAUUCAGCUGCGGUUAUGUGCAGUCCUCCAUAACCCCGCGGUCAUCAAGCCCGGCAAACAGCUCUGACAGACAAGACAAUUCCAACUACACCCUGGAAGAUGACUUCGAUGACGAGGAUAUCGUACAGUUUAUUGAUUACGACGACUUCAAUACAAAUGAUUCAAACCCGUCCAACAUCUCUGCGGCCUCAGCAGUAAAAAAACGAUCAGUGAGGUCGGAUUCAAGCUCCUCUGUAAAUCCAGCGGCGGUUCUCAUGAACAGUGGGGAGGCAAGCAGUGCCACUGAAACGGAGAAGAAGCAGCUGCCUUCCUGGGCUUUCUUCCCCACACUCCCCACCAUCACAGCACAAGAGAACACUGAUCAGAGGAUUGUGGGAGGCGAUGAUGCAAAUCCUGGAGAGAUACCUUGGCAGGUGGCCCUGAUGUCUUCCUCAGACACCCACCAAAGAGCAGAGCCUUUCUGUGGAGGAUCUCUGCUCAAUGAAUUAUGGGUCAUCACCGCUGCCCAUUGUCUGGUGCUGGAGGGUACUGGCAUAGAGAGUUUCUUCGUCAGAGUGGGUGAACAUGAUGUGAGCCAGGAUGAGGGUCCAGAGCGAAACCAUGAGGUGGCAGAGCAGCAUAUGCACCCCACGUAUAAUGCCAAGAAGUCCCUGCAUGAAAAUGACAUCGCACUACUGAAGCUCGCCAUUCCAGUGGAACUGUCCAACCAACGGCGUCCCAUCUGCCUGGGUCCCAAAGACUUUAUAGAGAAGCUAUUGAGGGACUCCAGCAGCUCUCUGGUGAGCGGCUGGGGAAAGCUUAGUUCAACAGGCCGACAGCCCACCACGCUUAAGAAGCUGGAGGUCCCCUACGUGGACCGCACCGUGUGUAAACAGAGCAGCACAUUACACCACAUCACACGCUUUAUGUUCUGUGCUGGCUACCAAAGUGAACAGAAGGAUUCAUGCAAGGGGGACAGUGGGGGGCCGCAUGCCACUUAUUCCAACGGCACUUGGUUCCUGACAGGUAUCGUCAGCUGGGGGGAGGAAUGUGCCUUGGAGGGAAAGUAUGGCGUCUACACUCGAGUAGCACGGUACUACUCGUGGAUCUUUCGGACAACAAGGAUCCGAAUUAUCAACUGACAAAUGGAGUUGUCGGCCA